UCCGGCGGUCUUCUGCCUAUAUACCUGUGGGAAUCAGAGAUUGACAUGUAUGGGUUGAUGGCAUUUCCAGAGAGGAUUAGACAGCGAGGCUACACAUCUCCUAUCUGUCUCGUGCAGUGUUUGAUGUGUUGCUGAAACAAUCAAUCAGAUCACCCAAUGUAAAGAUGAGUGAAGAGAAGCAGACAAUCGAGGAACUGGAAUGUAAAAUAUGCUACCAGAAGUUUAACACCCAUAGUCGCAAACCCAAGAUUUUGGAUUGUCUUCACCGAGUAUGUGCCAGAUGCUUAUCGAAGAUCCUUAUUAUUGGAGGAAGUUCCCCCUGCAUAAGCUGUCCCUUUUGCCGUAAUGAGACCGAAUUGCAGGAGGAUGAAGUUGCAGGGCUGCCAGAUGACAUGAAUAUCAUGUCCAAACUGGCCGAGAAAGGCAGACCUCCCGGCCAUCCAGACUGUAAUGAGGUGGUUUUGACUCCGAACAACUUGGCUUCAUCUAGUCCAUCACACAGUUCCUCAAACUGCCUAGUCAUCACAAUAAUGGAAGUACAGAGAGACCCAACCAGGACGCCGAGUCAAAAUACAAUUUCUGACUAUUAUGUGGACCACAGUCUUGACUCUGCUUCUGUAAGUUCUCAUGGCCAGAUGGAUCAUGACCUAUUCUCCAAACUCUGCAACCACGUCCCAAGGAUAUUGGUUUGGUUUCUUGGCUUCUUCUAUUUUGGCUCACUUCCACUUGGGAUUUACUUGCUAGUGAUUCAGAGGGUCACCCUUGGGAUUGUAUGUGUCAGUCUAGUACCCUCUAGUCUAACGGUCUGUCUUGUAUAUGGGUUCUGCCAGUGCUUGUGCCAAGGAAUGUGUGAUUGUUCAUCAAGAAGUUGACAUGGAUUACUUCAUAUAAACAAUCAGCUGUUGAUUCAAGAUACAAACUGAAUAUACACACAUUUUAGGUCUUUUAAAGCUUACACUUGCAUCGAGAGGUGCUGACAUUUUUUACAAGUGAAAUUAUUGCAGAAAAGUGUAUGUAACUGUCUCUAUGUGUAUUCUCGUGCCAGUAAUGCAUUUUUCACAACAACCAACCCUCUUAAAAAAAACUGUAUUUUUGAAGCCUUAACAAGUGUUACAAAUGAUUUCUAUGUAUAUGUGUGAAGUUUUGAGUUCAUCCAAAAUGUAAGACUUAUUUUGUCUGUCAAAAUAAGUUUUGUUUAAGAAACCCCCCAAAAA